AGAUGCUGUAUGGCUCUUCCGGGGGUGGUGACGCCAGUGGCGUAUUCUGUGACACUCCCUGCCGUUCUUCAGAUGCCAUGAUCUAUUGCCGUUCUUACUACUCAGAGUUCCAAUUGUAGUGGUGAGAUGUUGUUAAUGACCACGGAUUGGAAUGUCUUUCAUAUAUUCAAUUCUGAGUGGAGUUGAGCACCGGCAGUGUACGGAGUUGAGACUUGAGGGCCGGAUUAACAACCAAUCAUAGCUCGCUCCAUCCGAAACUCCGCCGGUCCCCCGGGCUUGAGCUGGACAGCCCCUGGAUCCGAAGCGAAUAAUACAAUCACAAUUAGAUGCGAUGGAGGAUAUACUUGCCUUUGCAAUUACUCAGCCGACUGUCCCUGUGACCUACAGCCAUCUUUAACAAUGGCGCCUGACCAACAUCCUCCCGAGGGCGGUUUGAACUUCGGCAAGAAUUACGCUGUACUCAACCUUGACUUGAUGACGGUUCUCAUAGAUGCCGUCAAGAACACUAUCGAAGGACGAGCAUUUAUUUCUAGCUGUGAGCGUUGGAAUGCCGCCGUUCACAAGAAAGACAUACGCCCCCCGACCAUAUUUACGACUCUCUUCUUUAAACCAGGAGAGCUUGAGCUAGCACAAGACGCUCCAUUCGAAAAGCUCAUCCGAGAGUUCGGUUCUUUCGCUGCUGGAUCUUCUGCAGUGCAGAUAGCAUCCAACUUUGAGGUCGAUAGCAAAGAUGUCGUACUUCAGAAAACAAGGUGGUAUGCCGGCUCAGGAAACAGCCUGGAGCAAAUUUUGAAGGCACGAAAUAUUGACACUAUCAUCAUAUCUGGUCUGAGCCUCUCUGGGGUCGUAAUGAGCACGGUUUAUCGAUUGUUUGACCUGGAUUAUAAUAUUUACGUUAUCUCGGACAACGUGUUAGAGUUGCCGCUGGACCAGUAUCAAAAAUAUUCUCAGGUUUUGCUAGGGGGCCUUUUGCCGAAAAUGAACUUGAGGGUAAUAUCCAUCAGCGAGGUUUUGAGGGGAUUGGAGCAAUCUUAGUUAGGCUGUCGUCAUAUGUUCCUAUUAUUGACCAAGACUGUGAUAU